AUGACAGGCGGCUGCGGGCUUCUGAGAGUGCGAUGCCAAAGCCUGGAUAAGCAGAGAAACGAGCUGAAUACAGGACAGAGCGGCCACAUGACUGCCUCAGCAGAGAGGGAGAGAGGGAGGCGUAUGGGGGAGAGUGUGAGGCUUCAGUCUGAGAGUCUGAGUCUGGCUCAGGGAGCAGGGAACAUGAAGCUCAGUCAGGAGGAUCCAGACUUCCAGCUCCUUAUGGCUGUUUAUGAUGAGAACAUCCUGAAGAAUCCCUUUUAUUUGUCCUUGGAGAAGCAGAGGGCCGACCUGUGCAGCCGCGUGGCUGAACUGCAUGGCAUUGUGCUGGUUCCCUGUUGGGGAAGUUUGAACGGCAGCAGUUUCUCAGACUCUCAGUUUGAGAGCUACAUUCUUCAGCCGGCAGAGGAUGGAUACCACACAGUCGAUGGAAAGGAGGUGCGUAUCCAGGACCGGCGGGUGGUCUUGGGCUCCGGUUUCCCCUCUCCGGGCUCCAUCCCUAUACUGUUCGAGGAGACCUUUUACAACGACCAGGAGCAGAGCUACAGCAUCCUGUGCAUCUCGCGGCCGGUGGAGGAGGACCCCAGCCCCUCGGAGUCCUGUCCUACUCCACCCUACUGCCUGAGGAGUGUGGAGGAGGUCCGGGACUUCCUGGGACGCCAUGCACUCCGACUGGACAAGUUUGUGCAGAGCUUCUGUCAGGCGUUCAAAGAGCAGGAGAGGAAGGGACUGCGCCAUCACAUAGACUCGGUGAACGGCCUCUACACAAAAUGUCUUCAGUGUCUGUUGAGGGACUCUCGUCUGAAGCUCCUGGCCAAGCAGGAGGUGCAGAUGACUCUUCUGAAGCAGGCCGUGGAGAUUUAUGUUCAUCAUGGUAUCCAUGAUCUUAUCUUUAACUUUGUUGGGACGUUGGUGGCCAGCCAGGACGCUGCCUUCAACAAAAUCGCCCGGAGUUUUGGAGAACUGCAGCAGAAGGACCUGGGGGUCAAACCAGACUUUAGUAUAAACUUGUCCCGAGCCAAGAGGGAGCUGAGUCAGUUAAACCAGCAGACGUCCCCGCUGCUCAAACUCAUGUGUUUGAGAAGAGUGGCUCUGAUGGCCACUCAGAACACCAGGCGUUCAGUGAGCAUAGAGGCGGAGAGUGCAGACGACCUCCUGUCCGUGAUCCUCUAUCUCCUUGUCAAGACGGAAAUCCCAAACUGGAUGGCCAAUCUGAGCUACAUCCGGAACUUCUGCUUCAGCCACUCGGCCAAAGACGAGCUGAGCUACUGUCUGAGCACCUUUGAGGCGGCCGUGGAGUACAUCAACCUGGGAAAGCUCCAGGACGCACGAUCGGGCUGCGAGCUGAAUGACAAGUCUCUGUUUAAGGAGAGGAUGAGUCUGCUGGCUCAGACCGCCGCCUCCCCCAUACACGGCCUGUUCCAGCACAUCGCAAAUGGGAACGAGGCGGAGAUCGAGCGUCUGUUGAGCAAGGGAGAAUCUGAUGAGGACGCCCGGAUGUGCCACCCGCUCUGCUCCUGUGACCUCUGUGAUCUCCAGCUCUCCGGGAAGCUAAAUGACCCCUCCAUUAUCACUCCAUUCUCCCGAGACGACCGCGGAUACACACCACUACACGCAGCUGCCAUCUGUGGCCAGGCCCAGCUGAUCGAUCUGCUGGUUCACAAAGGCGCUCCGGUGAAUGCCACAGACUACCACGCCCUCACCCCACUGCACCUCGCCUGCCAGAGGGGAUACCAGGGCGUCACGUUGCUCCUGCUGCAUUACAAAGCCAACACGGACGCUCAGGACAACAACGGGAACACGGCUCUGCACCUCGCCUGCAUGUACGGCCAUGAAGAUUGCGUGAAGGCCUUGGUGUACUACGACUGCCAAACCUGCCGGCUGGACGUUCAGAACGAUAAAGGCGACACGGCACUGCACAUGGCGUCUCGAUGGGGCUACGAGGGAAUCAUCCAGGUCCUGCUGGAGAACGGGGCCAGUACCAGCAUCCUCAACAAGAACAAGGACUCCUCUCUGCAGUGUGCCCUCAACUCCAAGAUCCUGUUGUUGUUGCAGUCGGCUCAAAACGAAAGUCUUUGCAGCAGUAAUGCAGCCGAUUCCCCCAACUGCUCCCCUCUAGCCUCAGACUGCAGCAGCAGACGCUCUUCUGUGUCCAGUAACUCCUCCCUGGGCUCCGAGGUCAAACCAGAGACUGAGAGGGUCCGGCACCGAGAGGUGGAGAAGCUUCUGCGAGCUGUAGCGGAUGGAGAUGUGGAGAUGGUGCGGUACUUGCUGGAGUGGAUGGAUGAAGCGGAGGAGGAGGAGGCAGAGCUCAGAUCGGAGGCUCCUCUGUGCCACCCUCUGUGCCAGUGUUCCACCUGCGCUCCCACACAGAAGAUGUCCACGGCGCCCCCUGGCUCCCUGGGUGUGAACAGCAGUAACGUGGACGGUUUCACUCCUCUUCACGUGGCCGCGCUGCACGGACACACGGCUCUGCUCUCUCUGAUGAUCCGACACGGAGCCAACGUGAACGGCCGGACCACCCAGAGUGCCACCCCCCUGCACCUGGCCAGCCAGAACAGCCACGCACAGGUGGUGAGAAUCCUUCUGGAGUGUAACGCCAAACUCAACAAAAAGGAUCACUUUGGGAACACUCCUCUGAUUCAGGCCUGUCUCAGGGGAAACAUGGAGAUUGCCACCACUCUUCUAGAGAGUAACGCGCUGAUGAAUGUGGCCAAUAAUCAGGGGAACACGGCUCUCCAUGAGGCGGUGAGGGGGGGUCACCAGGCUCUGGUGGAGCUGCUGCUGCGGAGCGGGGCCUCUCCAGGGCUGCGCAACAAGAGGCAGAGGACAGCCCUGGACUGUGCCUACGAACUGGGAGGAAAGAACACAGAGAUCCUGAGGGCCCUACAGAAAGCCUCUGGACUGUCUCCUGAUGCUGAACCCAUCAAAGUUCUGUCUGUGCCUAAAGGAGCUCUGGCCCACUCGUUUGUGCAGCGGCUCCGGCUUCAGGACAACGGCAACGGGAGGAGACACAAACUGGCCCAGUCCAUCAGCAGGAUUCAAAAGAUGAAGAGAGCCUCCUCUGGUCAUUCACCAAACCGAUCUCCAAAUCUCAACCAGGCCAACUCUGAGCAGAGAAGGCUGCGCCGGGGAGAGACCGUAGACGUGAGCACCCCAGCGGACAGCCUUGACUCCGGGCCACGCCUGUGUCGCCGCCACACACUGGACUCCGGAGCGAACCCGGCCUCAGAGCGAAAAGAGGCACUCAAAAACUCCCCCCAAAGCACCCGCAAAUCCAGCCAAGACUCGACGGGAACCAACGAGGACUUGGACAAAACGCAAUCCGACACAACCCAAGCACAGCCGCCGAUUGAACUGCCCGCCAGGCUCAGCUCUGACACGCCCUCGCCACCGGAGACCACACACUCGCACGACUUGUUCUCCAACGGGACGUCCGACACCAGCGCGCACUUACUGACAAGCAGCGAAGAGGAGAGCCACCCACCGCGCCCCACCCGGCUCGACAUCCCCGGUCUAUCAAGGGAAGAGGCAGCAGCACCGCCACAGAUCUGUGCAAAAGAUAAUACCACAAGCUGA